GUGCCAGUCCCGCCCCCCUGACAGCGUCUGGAGCCGCCGCCGCGAGAGCAUCCUCCGCCGAGAGCCGCUCGUCCCCCCCUCCCCUCACUCCGUGCCGCCGCCUCAGCCGCUGCCGCCUCCGCCGCUGCCGCCUCCGCCGAGGGAAGGGAAGGGAAGCGUAUCGUAUGUCCGCUAUCCAGAACCUCCAACCCUUCGACCCCUUUGCUGAUGCAAGUAAGGGUGAUGACCUGCUCCCUGCCGGCACUGAGGACUACAUCCAUAUAAGGAUCCAGCAGCGGAACGGCAGGAAGACCCUCACCACAGUCCAGGGCAUCGCGGAUGAUUACGAUAAAAAGAAACUGGUGAAGGCCUUCAAAAAGAAAUUUGCCUGCAAUGGUACUGUAAUUGAACACCCCGAAUAUGGAGAAGUGAUUCAGUUGCAGGGUGACCAGCGCAAGAACAUAUGUCAGUUCCUCGUAGAGAUUGGACUGGCUAAAGACGACCAGCUGAAAGUCCAUGGGUUUUAAGUGCCUGUGGGUCACUGAAGCUUUAUGCAAGAAGAUUUCCUUACCAUGAAAUUCCCACUUGUCCCUUGUCAUAAGUUUAAAACCAGCCGGUUUGUGUAAUGUCAUGAUCUUGGGUCCACUCUUCAGUCUGGACUAGUGUAAUUCAGUGAUGUAAUAAACUGACACGAGCCCAUGCUA